AUAAGGUUGCUCAAACACCAACCGAAAAAGACAGAAGGAAGAGUCGGAACCUCAAUAACCCGCACUUUGUCAAAUCGACAAAAUCCUUACUUUAUUAUUUCUCUGAUCCGAAUACCCGUCUUCCAAUCUCUCUCCUUCUCCACCUGCGCGCAGGUCAAGGUAUCUCCAGAAACUUUUUUCAGAAGUUGUACAAGAUAAAAGAAGGGUUUAAUGCUGCUGCUAAAUUAUGUUCUGAACAGCUGAAUUUGAAAAUUCUCAUUCUAUGCUGUGAUGGAAUAGGAAAAUUACUGUGUUAUUCAUUUGGGAAAGCUGAGAUUUUUAUUCAUUUGUAAUAAACAAUGAUUGGGAGGAAGAACAUGGGACGAGCUUCACCCUUACUUCUGGUUCUUUUGGCUCUUGGGUUUUUCUUUGCCACUUAUAAUUUUUUAACUAUGAUAAUCCACUAUAGAUCUGUUGGGAAGUGGGUAGGUGAUAAUUCGAAUGGUGGGUUACUGUCUGACCCCAUUAUUGGGAUGCCUGAGGAUGUGAAGAAAUUCAAGAAUUCCAAGUCACCAUUCCAUGUUGCCUUAACAGCCACCGAUGCUCCUUACAGCAAAUGGCAGUGUCGCAUUAUGUACUAUUGGUAUAAGAAGAAUAAGGACUUGCCUGGAUCGGAGAUGGGAGGUUUUACCCGAAUUUUGCAUUCAGGAAAUCCUGACAACUUGAUGGAUGAGAUCCCAACUAUGGUCGUUGAUCCUCUUCCUGCAGGUCUUGAUCGGGGAUAUAUUGUCUUAAACAGACCAUGGGCUUUUGUUCAAUGGCUGGAAAAAGCUACAAUUGAGGAAGAAUAUAUUUUGAUGGCAGAGCCUGAUCACAUUUUUAUAAAUCCUCUUCCUAAUUUGGCUCAUGGAGGAUAUCCAGCUGGCUUCCCAUUUUUCUACAUUAAACCUUCGCAGAAUGAGAAGAUCAUAAGAAAGUUUUAUCCUGAGGAGAAUGGCCCAGUCACAAAUGUUGAUCCAAUUGGCAAUUCUCCUGUAAUUAUCAGAAAGGAUUUACUGGAAAAGAUUGCUCCGACAUGGAUGAAUGUUUCUUUGAGAAUGAAAGAAGACACAGAGACGGAUAAAGCUUUCGGAUGGGUGCUAGAAAUGUAUGCAUAUGCUGUAGCAUCUGCUUUGCAUGGAGUGCAGCAUGUUCUUCGGAAGGACUUCAUGCUGCAGCCCCCAUGGGAUUUGGAAAUUGGUAAAAAGUUUAUUAUUCAUUAUACUUACGGGUGUGACUACAACUUAAAGGGUGAGCUAACAUACGGCAAAAUCGGGGAGUGGAGAUUUGACAAGAGAUCAUAUCUACGUGGACCUCCACCGAGAAACCUUCCCUUACCCCCUCCCGGGGUUCCUGAGAGUGUGGUCACCCUUGUAAAGAUGGUGAAUGAAGCUACUGCUAACAUACCUAAUUGGGACACACAAUAGAUAUCAGCUGCAUUCCAUUCAAGAUAGAUUAUGAUACACCGAUGUUUAGAGAAGGAAAAUUCUGAUUCAUGUGUAGCCUCUUAGAAAUAGGAAUAUACACAAAUCCCGGAUCGUAAAUUGAAAAUAAGAAUGUUCUGAUGCCUCAAAUGUAUAUCUGGGUUACACUUGGAUUUAGGGGAACCUCAGGGUGUUUGAAGGGUAAAGGUUAAGCUGCCGAGCAGCAUUGUUUAGGAUUUUGUGCUUGCUGCAAUGUGGAUUAUUUCGAGUUGAUUAUAUGCAAUCAUUCAUUGUAAUCCCUGAGCCAACAGGAUCCAGCUUUAAUUUUGGAUUAACACAUCCCCUCGUUGAGAUUCUGUUUAAUUUCCUCGGAAGGAAAGGAGUUUUGUUUU